AUGGGUCGCGUCCGCACCAAGACCGUGAAGAAGUCCGCCAAGGUCAUCAUCGAGCGCUUCUACCCCAAGCUCACCUUGGACUUCGAGACCAACAAGAGAGUGUGUGAUGAGAUCGCCAUCAUUGCCUCCAAGCGCCUAAGAAACAAGAUUGCCGGCUACACAACGCAUCUGAUGAAGCGCAUUCAGCGUGGUCCCGUCCGUGGUAUCUCCUUCAAGCUGCAAGAAGAGGAGAGAGAGCGAAAGGAUCAAUACGUCCCCGAGGUUUCUGCCCUCGACUUCACCCAGAACAGCGAGACCGGCCAGCUCGAUGUCGACGGCGAGACCAAGGACCUGCUGAAGCACCUCGGCUUCGACAGCGUCCCCGUCAACGUCGUCCCCGUCGUCCAGCAGCAGUCCAUCGAGCGACCCCGCAGAUUCAACGACCGCCCCGCGCGCUAA